UUGAUUUUAUGAUUAACCAAUGUAGAAAUGGAAUCAAGAAGUUAUUCUACAUCGGUUUUGCUUAUGACUGAUAUAGAAAUGAGACUCUCAUAUGGGUUAAAGCAUACCCUUUCACUCAGCAACGUCCCAGCUGCCGCGAGCAACGACAGAGAGCGAACCCUCUUCUCUUCAUCUGGUGAAGCGCCGCCUUCUAUCUUCCCCUUCCUCCUCCUCUUUCACUCACACUCACCAACUUGUUACUAUCACAACACGCAUCCUCGCCGGCGCCAACAUGCACCGCCAACUCCACCACCUCCACCACCUCCUCCUCUCCUCUCACCCCAACCACAUGGCCCACUCUUCCAUCACUUCCAUGAUCCGGGUCCUUCUUCUUCAUCUCCGUCUUCGUCGUCCCCAAAAUGGUCGUGCAAGGCCUGCACUUUCUUAAACCCUUACAACAACCCCUCUUGCCAGGUUUGCGGCACUCGCUGCCUCUCCAAUCUCAAAGACUUGGACGACGCUACUGAACACGAUUCUUCUGUUGGCUCUGUUUUCUUCCCUCUUCGACCCUGCAACAAGAGAAAGACCAUCAACGACCAUGAUUCUUCUGAGAGGGUGAAUCUGAAGCUCAAGCUAUCCCAAAAGGCUACCGAUAUCACCGGUGAUGAGGAUACUGAUUCAGAAAAAGAUUUUAGUUCGUUUAAGAUAUUGAGUUACAAUGUUUGGUUCCGGGAAGACUUGGAGUUGCACAAGAGGAUGAAGGCUAUUGGCGACCUUGUUCAAUUGCAUUCUCCUUAUUUAAUUUGUUUCCAGGAUCCUAAACGUAAGGUGCACAAACCUGUCAAAGGUGUUUUGAGGCUGGAAAUUGAAAGCACCAGAUUUCCCAAGCGAAUUUGGAAAACAUGUCAGAAAGUGGUAGUAUUACUAAUGAUUCUGUUGACCCUGGGGAUCGAAUUGCAGAUUCACUGUCUGGAAAGUAUCCUAGUAAUGGCUGUGAUGAUCCUCAGGGUAGCAUCCAAAGGGUAGUAUCUCCAGUUUCAGGAAAUGGAACAACUCAACAUGGAAUUUCAGAUUUUAAUGCCGAUGAUGUGCAUCUGUUGGUGCCUCUGAAGGUGCAUCUGUUGGUAAAUUGUCUUCAUCUUCAUCAUCAGGCGAAUCUUCCGGUGCCUCAGCAGGUGAACCUCCACUGUUCACCAAAUUGCUGAUUUUUCACAACAAUAAUCACAAUUAGUUUUUGAGUAAUUCUGCAUUUUAAUCUUCAAAAGACAUACCAACAUCUGAUCACAUCACUUUUUUAUUUAGAAAUAUUUUAAAUAUCUUUUAAUAUCACAGUUUUCUUAUAAAACUAAUGACACUAAUUAAUUUGAAUCAAUUUGAUAUUUGUUAGCAAAGAAAAAGUAAUAAUGUGUAAUGUUAUGUAUUUUGGUAACUAUGUUAAUGGUACUAAAUAUCUAUGGAUUUGGAUAACGACUAACUUUUGUCAAAAUUUUAUCUAAUUACCUUUUGUUGUAUCUUCUCAAUAUAUUUUUUUUCAUCUCAAACUUGAGACCUUUUUUAAAGGAAAGGAAAUAGUUUGAUUGGGACAAAUGACUUAUUGAUGUGUUUCUCUUAUAUUAGUUUACAAAAAAGAUUUUUUUUUUUAUAAAAGAAACCAUUUCUCAGGUAAUUUAAAUUGUUUAGUUAACAUUUUUUUUAAUAAUAACUUUGUUAAAAUAAAACAAUUUUUAGCAUAUAUAACAAUGUUUAUAAUUAGUAUUUUGCAUGAGAAAAAGAAAGUUGAAUGUGGUUGUGAAAUGUAAAAAAGGGCACAUGAUCUUACUCGGCUUGUUGAACCCAAUCAUUCAAAGAUGCUCCAUCCAAGGCCUCCUCAGCAACCUUUUGGGCAGCACCAUCUUGAAUAGCCUUCUGAGCCUCAAAUAUUGAUUCUUGAGAAAAACCUGCUUUGGUUGCUUCACUUGUUGCUUGGUCUAUGACACUCCUCCAUAUUGGAUCUGCAUCCAGAUCACACAAAACUGAAUGCAAUGGCACAGCCACCACCAAUGCAAACACCAAACCUAACGAUAUCUUUGUCAUUUCUUCCUUAUAUUAUUGUUUCCUUAGAAUUCAAUAAGAAAUGCCUUCACAACUUAUAGUGAUUGUCACCUCAAGGUUGCAAUAAUGAAGUGUGGCUUGUAUUUGGAUGAAACCAAGUGCUUAUAGGGUGCAAAAUGUUAUAUUUUCCACUCUCACCAUGAAAUUUAAAAUGGGGUUCAGGAGUUGGUUUAAAUGGGGUUCACACAUGGUAGGGUUUUCAACUAUUUAGGAACAACCAUUUUGCUAUAUUUCUUUUGCAACCCUUCAUUUGCGGAUUUGCCAAAAUAUAUAUAGCAACAAAUUGGUGGUGGCUUAUUCUUCCUGUUAAUAAUCUUACACCAGUUUCAGUUCUUUUUUAGUACAAAGAAUAUAAAUACUCGUAUUUU